UCUGCCAUUCCAUUCAACAAUCUAGUUUCGCGUGUGUCACAUCCGCGGCGGACAGCUCAUCCGUAAUCCUCAUCGCAUCGAUUGAGACAGUAAGAGGAGCGCAAUUUUCAGUGAGUCAGGCCAAUCAUGCCGGCUGUAACCGUAACAGAGAUCACAGGGGCGGACGAUCUGAGAAAACUUCGAGAUUUGUAUCUGCGCUCGUGGCCCAAACACGCGUACACUUACAAUACGUUGGACAAUUUUUACCGUUGGAGUAAAUUGGGUUGCAUCGGAGAUCAGUGUAGGGUGUACGCCGAUAGUCACACGGACUGGACUCGCACCGGAACAUUCGUGGUGAAGGAUCACAAUGAACUGUUUUUCGACACACUGGAACCAUCUACAGCUAAAAUGUUGUACGAGCUGUUACUGGCUGUGCUCGGUAGCUGCGGACAAAGUGUUAGCCUAGUCUAUGCGCCCCAGUAUCGCGAACACGUUAUUGGUGUGGCGUCCAGUUUGUCGUAUAGUAAAAUGCACGAUGAGCGAUUGGUAUGCUAUCGGCAGAUCGAUGAACAAUGUUUCAACGGAUGCUUACCUGUUGGUUACCAGUUGGGACCGGUGCAACAUACCGAUUGUGAGUUCGUUAGUGACGAAUGGGAACAUAACGAUCCCGUGUUUGCGAACCUACCGACAAGACUGAUCGAACGUAACCCGUCCCUAGGGGUGUACGAUGCUACCGGACAGCUGGUUGCCUGGUGUUUGAUCGACCAGACGGGAUCGUUGGCUAUUUUCAAAACCAUGCCUGACCAUCGGAGAAAAGGACUAGGACGGAAGAUCAUUGAACGAUUCGCACGUCAACUACGUGAUACCGGUAAACUGCCACAAGCAUUCGUCGUGGAGGAUAAUGUUGCUUCGAGGACUCUGUUCGAAGGAUGUGGGUUCAAGUCUGUCGACGUGUGGUACUGGUCCAAGAUCGAAAAGCGGGCCUGAUGCUUCGUGGCCUCUACCGGAUCUUUCAUCCUUAUCUCUACAAUGUCAAUCACUUCAGCGAAAGCAUAAACAAAUCUAAAGCAAGCAAUAAAAAUUUAAUUAGCCCGGCUCGUCUUUGGCUAUUCCGACCAGUUUAAAAUUGUGAUAUUCA